AUGCGUGUCUUUUGUAACCAAAUCUACCGACCACCUCCUGUCUUCUUUCCAUGUAUGUCUGUGAAUAUCGUGUCUAAGGCCCAGAGGAGUCGGUCUCUUUCUUUUCUUCCUUUUAUGCACAAUAGACUAUCUCUUUCUUUCUUUCUUUCUUUCUUUCUUUCUUUCCUUCUUUCUUUCUUUAUUUCUUUCUUUCCUUCUUUCUUUCUUUCUUUCUUUCUUUCUACUUUUUGCUUUUAUUUUGGCUUUAGUUUCUUUUUAUGCCCAUCUUUUUUGUCUUUAUUCUACACUUCUUUUCAUAAUUAUCUUUCUUUUUUCUCUUGUACGCACACUACACUCCCCCCCUCUCUCUCUCUCUCUCUCUCUCUCUCUCUAUUUUCUUCCUUUAUUUUUCUUUUUCUUUUGCUUUAUCUUUUUCAUGGCCAUAGUCUUUUUUGUCUUUUAUACACACUACACUAUCUCGUUUUUUCUCUCACUCUUUAUUUUCAUUCUUACUUUUUUUCUUUCUUGAUUUCUUUCUUUCUUUCUUUAAUUCUUUCUUUAAUUCUUUCUUUCUUUCUUUAA